AUGAUUUUGCCCUCCCUCACUGCGGCCUUGGCUUUCUCAGCCGUCGUAUAUGGCCAUCCUGAGACUGAAGAAGAGCGCAAAGCACAAGCCGCAACUCUUCGUCGCAUCGCAGCACACUCCAAGCGAAGCCUUGCCAACUGUGCUGAUUCACCUGCCGCCAUUGCCCUCAAGGAACGAGCUGUAGCCCGUCGCGCUGCUUGGGCUGAUGAGCUGCGUGUGAAGAGAGGACUCAAGACUCACGCUGAGCGUCGAGGUCCCAAGGAGCUCGAGAAGUAUCUUACUCUUUCCCAUAACGAGACUUCCAAGGGAUAUAACCUUGAGACUCCUUUCGAUGUCCUCUUUGGCUCCAACGCGAGUUGCAUUCUUGUCCCGGAAACUAUUAUUGGUCCAUACUAUGUUGAGGGCGAAUCUUUCCGGACAGAUGUUACUGAUGGAGAACCAGGUGUUGCUUCACACUUGGAUUUCCAGUUCAUUGACAUCAAUACGUGCGAGGCAGUUCCUAACCUCAUUAUUGACCUGUGGCACGCCAACGCCACUGGUGUCUAUUCUGGCGUAACGGCAGAAUUCCAAGGUGGUUUGAAAACCAACUUCGGCCGUGGCAUUCAGCAGACAGACAAGGACGGCGUGGUGCAGUUUAGCACAAUCUUCCCAGGCCACUACAUUGGUCGAACCAACCACUUCCACGUCAUGUCCACUGAUAAUGCCACUAUCCUGUCAAACGGAACUUUUGAAGGUGGCACUGUUUCCCAUAUUGGACAGGUUUACUUCGACCAGUCUCUCAUUGCCGAAGUUGAGAAAAAUGAACCGUAUACACGGAAUCAGCAAGCGGUCACAGACAAUCGCCAGGAUGAAUUCACUGGUGAUGAGGCGACCGAAGACUAUGAUCCAUUCAUGAAGUAUGUUUACCUUGGCGACGAGGCUAAGGACGGUCUUUUGCUGUGGCUCACAGUUGGAAUCGACAUUACUACCAACUACAACGCCAACGUGUCUGUAGCCUCAAAAUGGCACCCAGAAGGUGGCACUGAUGAGGGCGGAAGACCCAAGAAGGAGAAGAAAAGCCUCCUGUAA